AUGUCUCUCCCGCCUCCUCCCUCCACCGCGCAACCGCCCUCCGCCGAUGGCGCGUAUCGGCCGAACGGCGCGCGCGUCGCGUCCUGGGCCUCGAUGCAGGGAGAGUCGCGCACACAGACGGCGUCUUUGCGGGAGAGCACGGCAACCCUUCUGGAGGAAGAGGAGACGGAAGAAAGCUGCGGAGAGUAUGGUGAAUGCUUUGAAGAGGCAACGACAGACACCCAAACGGAGGCAAAUCCUCAGGCGUGCGAGGAGACGGAUUUCGAUCUCUUGGGUCGCAGCGACACUUUCUGGUCUCUCCCCUUGUGUCCGGAACCCCCUCGGAGUUUCCUCGUGGGCUUCCUCGCGCUUGGCGCCCUCGUCGGUUUACUCUACGGGGUCUCCUUGGCGCGUUUCGUCUUCUCGCUUUUCUUGGCCUUUGCGAACGUCUCGCCAUUCGCGUCUCUGUUUGCGCCUCUCGCGACUGCAGCAGAACACGGAAAGACGCUCCUUCAGGCGGGAAAAGAGGCGGGCCUCCUCGCGGCUGGCGCGUACACCUCAGUCGUCGACGCGUUGAAGCUUCUCGCGCCGUUCCGCCACGUCUUCACCCUCACAGCCCUCUGCGUCUUUGUCUUUUCCAAGAAGUCGAACGGGAAGAGACACUCGGCAGUCGACACUGUCCUGGCCGCCCUUCUUCUCCUCAUCGGCGGCGAGGCGCGUUGCGAAGACGCGACCCGCGGACCUUGUGCCGAAAACGACGCAGGGCCAGAAGAAGAGGAGGAAGAGGAGAGACAUGCCUCUCCGCGCGCGCCGGUCGAGCACAAGACAGCUGACCAGUGCAAGUCGUCUCAGUCGGGUCUUCUAGAGACGCAGACUGCACGGUCUUUCCGCGCUCGAGGCCGUGCGCAGCGACACGGCUUGGUGCGCAGAAAUCGAGCCGACAAACGCGCGAAAGGAGGUCCGCCGGCGUCUGCGUUCGCGCAGAUCGGCGAGGAGAGACGAGCGCCAAGUCGAAAGGCGAGUCGAGAUAUGGGAGAAAGCGUAGGUGAGAAGGAGACCACUGGCAGCGUUCGUUCGGACGAUCCCAACGCCGAGACCACAGACGUCGACAAAACGGGCGUUUCGUCGGAGGGCAGUGACGCACCUGCUUCCGCUGAGGAGCCGCAGGGAGGCUUGGCCGAGUCUUUCGAGUUUUUCCUCGAGGCAGUCGCUUCGGAGGUGCUCCGGCCCUGUGCCGACUCGUUCGUGAACCUCCUGAACGCGCCUCUCGCCGCUGUUUCUCCGGCACUGGAAGGCUCGACGCAAGGGGCGCGACCGCGAGAAGAACGCGAAGAGACGGGCGACGGGGCCUGCCGAGGAACUGACGCGACCAGCGGGGGAACCGAAAUCGCCUUCUGGUCCGGAGGAACUGCACAGUCUCUCCAGGUUUUGAGAACAGCCCUGGAGAUUUCGUUCUCUCCGAACCCGCGCGCUGCAUCGGAGGCUCCGGAAUCGCCCCUUUCUGCCUUUUCUGCCUCGUUCUUCUCUUCCUGCUCGGCAUCUUCCUUUUCUUCUUCUCCGUCUUCUUCCUCUUCUCCGUCUUCUUCCUCUUCUCCGUCUUCUUCCUCUUCUCCGUCUUCUUCCUCUUCUUCUACGCGUCCGGCGGAUGUCCUCUCGGCUGCUCCGUACAUCCGAGCGGCGAGAGGACGCCCCACGCCGUCCGCUCCGGUGGGGGAGUAUCAGAGACACUUGAGUCUGUUGUGGGGAAACGAGGCGCACGCGGUUCUCACCCCCUCUGUUGUGACUUCUUCACGACCCCCCCACGGCCCUUGUGCUUCGUCUGCUUCUCCUGUCGGUGCUUCGCCGCUCCCCGCUGCGAAUAUCUGCUGGCCACGCACGCCAUCGACGCGCACGCCUUCUCGUCUUUCUCUUCCUUCUCUUCCCAUGCGUCCGUCUUGUGCCGCGGAGGCGGUCGAGCGAGGACAGCCGCAUGCAGCGAGUCCGCCCGUUGCGCACGCCUUUCCUGUUCGUCCCUCUGCAGAUGCAGAGGCCUCUCUGCGUUCGUCUCUCGCCUCUGCGUUUGCGUCGCAGUCUGCAGGUCGGGUGUCUGUUACCUCCCUUGCGGCUAGGUCUUCUCUCUCCUCUCCUUCCCCUUCUCUUUCUUCUUUAGCUUCGCAUUCCUCUCUUUCUGCAUCUCCUUCAUCUCCUUUUUCAAGCUCGUCGGCGUUUCCAUCAUCGCCUAGGGGCGGAGAGAGAGCGGGUCGAUCGCAGGCGCUUGCGAGUGCGGCCCUCGAGGGGGCGAGAAGUGGAGACGUUCCCGUUUCUGAACACGACAGAGAGACUCUCGCGGCGCCUGCGUUCGGCAUUCGGACCUUUCGAACGGUUGCGAAUCAUGCCAGGGAAAGGUCAGGAACCGAGGCGCGAUUCUGGGAGAUGCCGGCGCAGCCAGGCAGCCUGAAGCGCAGUCGGGGAAGUCUUUCUCGCGAGGAAGAGAGAACGCCGACAGACCUCGGCGCAGACGGAAGCGCGUUGCGCGCAAGCCCGUCCGAGCCGGAGGAACGAGAAGGGAGACGGCGAGAAAAGACAGACGAGAGAAGACGGGACCGAACCGGCGAACACGAGGAAAUGGGAAUCUUCUCUGUUCCCGACGAGAGUUUCAUCGGCGGCGAUCGAGAACUCCGCGCUGGCCUCAGCUGUCUCGCGUUCGCCCUCGACCUCUCUGCGGAGGAUAUCUUCGGGUGUACGUACAGCGGACGGGCCAGUGCCGCCAGCGUUCCCCACGUCCCUGUUCUCACCUUCACCUUCUUCGUCGGGCGUCGCCGCCCUCACGGAUUUCUCGCCCGCGUCCUCGUUCUUCUCUUCGUCUUCCUCUUCCUUUUCCUCGACGCUGGUGUCUUCUUCCGUGUCGUUCUCGUCUUUGCGUGUGCCGGCGAAGAGACGAAUCUCUGCGUGCAUCUGUGGAGACGCGGCGGUCUGCUUGUCUCCGUGUGUUUGCGUAUUUUGAUGCUUGUUUUGCCGAGUGAGAUUCGCAAAUCUGCGAGACGCCUUGUAUUCCAGUCGCGGAAUUUGUGUCAGGCGCCCUCCCCUCAGGUGCUCCUGGAACUUCUCCCGGAAGAGACAGUCACGCGCGAGGUGUACGAACGCUAUCGCGCAAAGAAACAGAGACAGUCGAGGUGCGGGUCGGCGUCCCGUGUCUCUCUUGCGGGUGUCUCUUCUUCUCCCUCGUGCCUUUCUUCGAUCUCCGGCUUGGAGACAAACGACGCAGAAAACGGAUUUAUUCGAGGCGGGAAAACAGGCCACGAAGCAGAGGCGACGGACGAAGCGUUCGACUGCCGAAUUUGCAUGGGGGAGUUUGAGUUGUCAGACGGGUACGUGUAA